AAAUUCAAAAAUGAGUUUUGUAAAUAAUGACAGAGCCAGAAAUUGAUAUACAGACUUGAUUUUAUGGAAGUCGAAGAUAAGUUGUUUAAAGACCAAAAAUUGAAGUAGCUCACAUGUUUUUUGUAAACUUUAAUGACAGGUUGGUUGAAGGCCGAAAAUUAAUGUUUUUUUUUUUCCCUAAACAAAAACGGGAAAUUACCGUACGAUUUUGUAAAUAGCGAAGUCGUGCUCUUUGAAAGGAAGAUGUGAACAUUGACUGCUCAAAAUGAAAAUUUUUGAGGGGUUAAACACCAGAGACUGUGACUAAAGUUACACAUUCGUUCUUAGAAAUGAGACAAUUUCGAGUGGAUUUCACUUUUUCAGCGCAACCCCCUUGGGAGGCUUUAAUUGAUUCUGCAAAGGUUGUUAACAAAACGGAGAGUGUAAUUUAAUAACCAACGACGUGCUAACGCUAGCACCGAGCUAACGCUAGCUAGGCCUACAUUGGACCACAAGUAGGAAGACUACAACGAGGACUUGGAGGAUGCUGGACAAGUGGACCCAAUCCUCAACUUCAACUUUCUCCGCUCCUGCCGCGUGAAAGGCACAUUGUGCGUCGGCAUGUACCUGGAGAACAAAAGCAACCUGGACCUGGAGAUGUCCCAGGCGCCGGUCCCCGUCCGCCAGGGCGCGGGAAAUUUCGGCGAGCUGCGUCUGCUGGAAGGAAUUUCGGAGCGGCGGGAGACGCAGAAGCUCCAGCGGCAGUCGGCCGGCCUGCCCGCGGGCCAGUGCGUCAUCCACGCCGACGGCUUCGUGCCCGCUCACCAAGAAGACGGGCACAAUUUCAACGUGGUUAAUGUUCUCACCGGCAAGACGAAUUCAGCCAGCAUCUCGGAACGGUCGCCUCUGCUCAGGUUCUCGCAAGAUGACAGCAUGGCCUACAUGACCGUGCACGAUCCGGGCUUCUACGGCGCCGAGGAGCCCUGGGACAGCAGCGCCGUGGAGCUGGAGCGGCGUUACCGCCUGGGCAGCGAAGUCACCGGCCUGUCGCUGCUGCGGUCCAACUCCUCGGACAGGAGCGACGCCCUGGAGCACCUCGGCCUCGGCUUCAAGCUCGCCAGCGGCUUCAAAUGCUGUUUCCGCGUCUCCAAGGUGGCCGCCAUCUUCACGCUUGUGGUUCUGUGCAGUCUGUUCUUCAGCAUGUACCCCGACCGGGACGAACCUCGGAGGAUGUUUGCCGUCUCGGCAAGCGACAGCUUCUCGAUGAACCUGACGGACUUCCGGGACAACGCUCUGCUGAGGCUGCAGGUGGGGGGCCCGUUCGGCGGCGGCGGCCCGGCCGACCCGGCCGACCGGGAGUUGGUCCUCGUCCGGGUGGAGCAGAUCGAGCCGCCGGGCCCGCGGAGGAGGAGGGCGCAGCAGGUGCUUUACAACUGGACAAUUCCUCUGCACAGAGAGCGAAACGACCAGCUGCUGCUGACCAAAACGUUUGAGAUGCUCAGCAGCGACCCCAUCCUGGUGACCGUGCAGGCGCUCACGACGGACGAGCGGGCGCUGGCGCUCUCCAUCGCGCAUCAGCCGCUCUACGUGGGCGUGGAGACGCAGGUGGCCGUCGCCGGCGUCAUCCUGGCGGGGGUCUACGUCCUCAUCAUCUCCGAGAUCGUCCAUCGCACUCUGGCGGCCAUGUUGGGAUCGUUGGCCGCCUUGUCCGCGUUGGCCGUCAUCGGCGACAGACCAAGUCUGGUCCAGGUAGCGGAAUGGAUCGACUACGAGACGCUGGCCCUCCUCUUUGGCAUGAUGGUGCUGGUGGCCAUUUUCUCCGAGACGGGCUUCUUCGACUACUGCGCCGUGAAGGCCUACCGCCUCUCCAAAGGCCGCGUGUGGCCCAUGAUCAUCAUCUUGUGCCUGAUCGCCGCCAUCCUCUCCGCCUUCCUGGACAACGUGACCACCAUGAUGCUGUUCACCCCCGUCACCAUCAGGUUGUGCGAGGUGCUCAAUCUGGACCCCCGACACGUGCUGAUCGCAGAAGUCAUUUUCACCAACAUCGGCGGCGCGGCCACAGCUGUGGGCGACCCGCCGAACGUCAUCAUCGUGUCCAAUCAGGACCUGCGCAGACAAGGCAUCGACUUUGCCAACUUCACCGGCUACAUGUUCCUGGGAAUAUGCCUGGUCCUGUUCUCCUCCUUCCCCUUCCUGCGCAUGCUCUACUGGAACAAGAAACUCUACAACAAAGAGUCGAUCGAAAUAGUGGAGCUCAAGCACGAAAUCCUGGUGUGGAGGCAGACGGCGCAGCGCAUCAACCCCGCCAGCCGCGAAGAGACCGCCGUCAAAUGUCUCCUCAUGCAGAAAGUCCUCAACCUGGAAAGUCUCCUGCGCAAGAUGAUGAAAACCUUCCAGAGAGAAAUUUCCCAAGAGGACAAGAACUGGGAGCAGAACAUUCAAGAGCUUCAAAAGAAGCACCGAAUCACCGACAAGGCGCUUUUGGUGAAGUGCGUGUCGGUGCUGGCCGUGGUGAUCUUCAUGUUCUUCGUCAACUCCUUCGUGCCCGGCAUCCACUUGGAUCUCGGUUGGAUCGCCAUCCUGGGCGCGCUGUGGCUCUUGGUCCUGGCCGACAUUCAGGACUUUGAGAUGAUCUUGCACCGCGUGGAGUGGGCCACGCUGCUCUUCUUCGCUGCCCUGUUCGUCUUGAUGGAGGCUCUGGCCCAGCUGCAGCUCAUCGACUACAUCGGCGAGCAGACGGCGCUGCUCAUCAAAUCCGUGCCGGAGGACCAGCGCAUGGCCAUCGCCAUCAUCUUGGUGAUGUGGGUGUCGGCCCUGGCGUCUUCUCUCAUCGACAACAUCCCCUUCACCGCCACCAUGAUUCCAGUCCUCAUCAACUUGAGUCAGGACGCAGACGUGAACCUGCCGGUGAAACCGCUCAUCUUUGCCUUGGCCAUGGGAUCCUGUCUUGGUGGAAACGGCACACUGAUCGGCGCGUCGGCCAACGUGGUUUGCGCCGGCAUCGCGGAGCAGCACGGCUACGGCUUCUCCUUCAUGGAGUUCUUCAGGUUAGGCUUCCCCAUGAUGAUCAUGACGUGCAUGAUCGGCAUGUGCUACCUGCUGGCCACUCAAAUCGGACUCGGAUGGAACAUGUGAGCCGGGACGGAACCGAGGACCCGAAGCCGAAAAAUGCUCCCGUUUCCCCAGCAACCGUAAAAACAAAAUGGAGAAGAAAUCGGAGGACGCGGACAUAAUUGUACCCCCCCCCCCCACACACCCACGCCCCCGCCCCACUCCAACGAAGCAGACAUUGUUGUAACAGUGUUAUAAAGCAUGACCUCAAUUAUUAAACAGAAUAUUCCCCACGAAAGUAUAUCAAUAUUAUUUAUAUUUAAAGGUACCCGUAACACCCACCUAAAGGGAUUUUAUUAUCGUUCAUGUGAAAUAUUUCAGGCACAUAUACCCGGGAAAUGGUGCGAUGAUUUUAGUUCUGACGACGUCUCGUCGGCGCCGCCCGCCGCCGCCGCCGCCCCAUCGA